AUGCAUCUCUCUCUGGACACCAUGAUGGUGGACGACAGCUGCCUCUCACCCAGCAACUUCCACGAUCUGGGGAAAGGUGGGGGGCUCUCUGUGGGGGGCCGCGUCCACAGCAUCGACGUCAUCCUGGGGUUCAGUAAGGACCAGGACCCCCUGCUCAGCCCUUCAGGGGCCCCGCGGACCCACAAAGUGGACAUCGAGGGUCUGGGGGAGCCCCGGGGGCCCGAGGAAAACUCCUCCUUCAGCGGGCAUCUCUCCUCGCUGAGGAACGGAGGCACGGAGGAGUACCAUGAUACCGGCUUAUUUACCAACAAGUGUGAUGAGGAGCUGAGUGAGCUGAGGAAGAGUGUGGAGAGUGACGAGGGAAAUUCUCCGGACCCCUGCAUGGACGAACAGCCGAAGAAGAAGCACCGGAGGAACCGAACCACCUUCACCACCUACCAGCUGCACGAGCUGGAGCGAGCCUUCGAGAAAUCCCACUACCCCGACGUCUACAGCCGCGAAGAGCUGGCCAUGAAGGUCAACCUCCCCGAGGUCCGAGUGCAGGUCUGGUUCCAGAACCGCAGAGCUAAAUGGCGUCGUCAGGAGAAAAUGGACGCCAGCACCAUGAAGCUGCACGACUCGCCCAUGCUCUCCUUCAACCGCCAGCCCCAACUCCACAGCGGCAUGGGCCCCAUGAGCAGCUCCCUGCCCCUGGACCCCUGGCUCUCCUCCCCCCUGACCAGCGCCACACCGGUGCACAGCAUCCCGGGCUUCAUGGGUCCAGCUCAGGGCCUUCAGCCUAGCUACCCGACCCACAGCUUCCUCAACUCCGCUCCUCACCCUCACUCCCAUCCUCACCCGUCCAUGGGUCAGGGGAUGCAGAACAUGGCGCCUCCCCCUUACCAGUGCACAGUGCAGUACCAGGAUAAAUACCCUCUGGAGGACGUGGACCAGCGCAGCUCCAGCAUCGCGGUUCUGAGGAUGAAAGCCAAGGAGCAUCUGCAGUCCAUGGACAAGACCUGGCACCCCAUGUGA